AGGCUUCGUGACGGAGUGCUCAGAGACAUUGAGAGGCAGAAUCGGAAAAAGGAAAAUAUUCGUCUUUUGGGAGAACAGAUUACUUUGACUGAGCAACUUGAAUCAGAGAGAGAGAAGAUGUUAUUGGCAAAAGGAUCUCAGAAAACAUGACCUGAAACAACGAAUGUGAAGUAUC